UAAACUAUUUUACAUUACUUGGCCGUAACAGUUUGUGUUCCUGCUUUAAAGCAUAUAAAUCACCAGCUUCCUAAAUAUUUUCAAAUUAUAAAUAAUAUCAUUUUGAAAGGUGAUUUUGAAAAGUAUCGUAAGCUUUAACUUUCUCUGUUAGAAGAAAUUUAUUUCCAAUAGUUCAACUACAUUAUAGAACUUUGUUUAAACUAUACUCACCAUCCGAGUGCUACCGAUUGCAAAUCACAUCCAACAUCGGAUUAUUAAUAAUAUGACUGCUGACGAAGAAGAACAAUUUGUAACACACAACGAAUUCAGAAGUGAUACGUUCACAGUUCCAACUCGUGAUAUGAUCGAGUACGGAUAUUUAACCAGUACUUAUGGUGAUUCUGUUUAUAAAGAAGAUGAAAUAACACUUGAGUUAGAACAAAAAAUGAAAGAUUUGACUGGUAAACCAGCUGCAUUAUUCUGUGUAAGUGGAACUAUGUCAAACCAAAUUGGAUUAAGAGCAAACCUUUAUCAACCUCCAUAUAGUAUAUUAUGUGAUCACAGAUCUCAUGUCUUCCUUCAUGAAGCUGGUGGAUUAGCUACAUUGUCUCAAGCUAUGGUUCAUCCAGUUAUUCCAACCAAUGGAGAUUACUUGACUUUUGAAGAUGUCCUUAAUAAUAUUACUUUAGAUGAUGGAGAUAUACAUGCUGCUCCUACUAAAGUUAUUUCAUUAGAAAAUACUUUACAUGGAAUAAUAAUGCCAAUUGAUGAGAUUCGUAAAAUUUCCGCAUUUUGUAAAGAGAAUAAUAUUAAAUUACAUUUGGAUGGUGCAAGAAUAUGGAAUGCUUCUGCUGAAACUGGUAUAACUAUUAAAGAAUACUGUUCACAUUUUGAUAGUGUCUCAUUAUGUCUUUCUAAAUCAUUAGGAGCUCCAAUGGGAUCAAUUUUAGUUGGAGAUACUAAAUUUAUCGACAAAGCUAACCACUUUAAGAAACAAUGUGGUGGUGGUAUAAGGCAAGCCGGUAUAGUUACAUCCAUGGCUAUUUAUGCUAUCGAGCAUAAUUUCCAACGUCUUAAAAAAUCUCAUGAAUUUGCCAAACAAGUUGGUAAAUUCUGCAUUGAUAAUGGAAUUAAAUUAGAAUCACCAGUACAUACUAACUUUGUAUUCCUUGAUAUAAAAGGUAGUGGAAUAGAUGAUGUUUAUUUGAUUGAUUUAGCUAAAUCAAAAUAUGAUCUUAAAUUAAUGGGAGGAAGAAUUGCCUUCCAUUUCCAAUUAAGUCAAAAAAGUGUUGAUAAGAUUAAAGAAUGUAUAUUAGAGGCAUAUAAAUACAGUAUCGAACAUCCUCCAAAAGUUAAUUUAAAAAAUAAUAAAAAGAUGUAUAAUUAUGAAGCUAUGAGUACACAACCAGCAAUCAGUAUUUAACUCAUUUUCCCAAUUUAUGACUAGAACAUAUUAUCUUAAUAGAAUAGAGAAAUUAAUAAUAUACAAAUAAUGAUAAUAAUAU